AUGAAUAUUAAUAAUAAUUUUUGUGGAAGUCAUAAUAGAAGUACUGAUUUCAUUUGUUAUGAUUGUAAUGUUUUAAUGUGUCCUGCUUGUGCACCACAACACUCACGCCACUCAUUCGAUCAUAUUGAUAAUAUUAAAUCAAAUAUCAAUAGAGUUACUGUAGAUACGACCAGUACCACAAAUAAUGAUAAUGAUAAUGAUAAUGAUAAUAGUAAUAAUAUCUUAUCAGGAUUAAGAGUUCAAGCAAGUAUUCAGUCAACAUUCGAUGCUUUGAAAUCAAAAGUAAAGGAGUAUCAACAAUUACAACAAACCGAGAAUGAAAUAUCAAACAAAUUCAAAGAUUUACAUGAUUUCCUUGUUGUCGAAGAACACAAGCUAAAGGUGCCAAUCGUCAGUGGCAAAGCACAGCUCGAACAACAAAUAGAUAAACAAAUCAUGGUCAUGAAAUCUUUGAAUUCUAUCAAUAAUCGAAUCACAAGCAUCCAACCAAAGGAUAAUAUAGAUCAAUCCGAUUCACAAUCAUCUUCUCUAUCGAUAUCACCAGAUACAACGGAGAGUUAUCAAAUAUCAACAAUAAUAACAUCGAUUUCACAAUCAUCAAAUCACAAUGAAUUCAUUCAAAACAACAAAAAUACUGUGUUUUAUAUGGAUGGCACCAACAAGUUAAACAAUGAUGAUCAUUCCAUUUUAAAUAUAUUACUCGAGCACAACAGUAUACUCAAGUUGAAUAGUGUUAGUGAAUACGAUCAACAACCAAAACCACAACAGUAUCAAUUUAUUGUAAGCAAAGCGCAAAUCAAUCUCAUCAAGAAUCAAAUUCAAUCAUCAAUUAAAUUGAAACUAUUCAAUCAAAACAGACAAUCAUAUAUAUUAUCAACUGAUACAAAUGAUAUAAAAAACAUUCAUUUCGAGAAACAAAAUAUAGAAAUGACGAACACAUUUCCAUACAAUUCUGGCGUCAAUGUUGGUGACUUUAUCUACAUGUUUGGUGGUUUGAAAACGAAACAUAAUAAUUUUACAAAAUAUUCUAUAGGCAAUAAAUCAUUAGAAACUAAUGAAAUGAAAGGCAUUGAUAAAUGUUCUUUUGUAUCAGCUUGCUACGAUGGCCAUGAUCAUAUCUAUUUGUUCGAUCGAUAUAAUUCACCAAAAGCAAGUAUCUACAGGUACAACAUAAACAGUUCAACAUUCGAGAAAUAUUCAACAAUCAAUCUCGAUGCAACUUGCCAUCAUUUCACAUUCUUCUUCAAAGACUUUAUCUAUGUCUUCACACCAGCGAUCCAAAAGAUUUUAAAAUUUGACAUAAACAACAAAUCAACAAUUGACCUACCAAUUGGAGUACCAAAAUACACAUCGAGAGGAGUAUGUACCGACGGCAAUGGCAACAUAUAUGUUCAAUCAGAAUUAGGAUUACAUCGAAUCAAUAUCGAAACCUAUGAGAUCAAAAUAUUUGACAACAGUAAAACCAAAACAGAUUCCAACCACAGUUUGAUCUAUCUUUCAAUAGAUGGCCAAAGCUAUAUUUAUUCACUCCGAGGAAAAGAUAGAAAUUUUAUGUUCUCUAUUGAAAAUGGUACAUGGGAAAAGAUUCUCCAAGAUGAUCAGUCUGAUCGAUCGGAAUGCGCAAGCACAUUAGUCGAAUCCAUCCUAUUCUAA